AUGUGUUAUACCCCCCUUUCGCAGUUUAACUCCACGUGGCGACCCAAAAUGAGCUCACAGAAGGAAAGCAAGAAGCGCAAAUCGGACGCACUGGACCAGGCGUGCCUGGAGCUGAGUGAAGAAGUAGAGAACGCAGAAGAAGUCACAAAGAAAAAUGAAGAAGUAGAAGAAGAAGAUCUCGAGACGCAGUUCAACAAUUGGAAGGUGAAUAGCGGAUUGCUUUACGAUUUUGUGAGUAGAAAGGAAUUGGAGUGGCCCUCACUAUCCAUCGACUUUGGUGAUUUUUACAAUGAGAAUCACGAAGAUAAUGUGUUUAAUCAAAUAGUGUGUGUAGGAACCCAUACGUCGAAUAAAGAGCCGAAUUACCUCUACGUGUGUGAAGUGUUGUUCCCACUGGUACAACUACCACAAGAAAACUGCAUCUACAAAACUAAUGAAAAUUACGAAGGGUUUGAUUUUUGUUCAGAAAAAAAAAAAUUUACAAUAAAGUCAAAAAUUGCACACGAAGGAGAAGUCAACCGAAUCAAGUUCCUCCCCUUGGACAAAAAAAAUUUUGUUGUCACUAAAGCGAUUAAUGGAAAUCUUCACCUAUUUGAUAUUAAUAAACACGAAAUUGAAACAAGUGAACAUAAAAUGAGUCCAGAAGUAUCAUUUAUUGGAAACUCAUCAGAUGGGUUCGGUCUGGAUUUUAAUUCAGACAAGAAAUAUGCUUUAACUUGUGGAAAUGAUGGUGUCAUAAAUGCAUACGAUUAUACAGAAUUGAGUAGCAAGGAAGUUAAUCCUUUUUAUAAAGUGAAAUAUAAGUGCCCUUUAAAUGAUGUGUGUGCAACGAAUGAUCCCAAUUUGAUUUUGGCUUGUGCUGAUAAUGGCUAUAUUUUAAUAUACGAUAUCCGAGUGAAGGGAGAAGAAGCUACACAACAGGUUCUAGGUCAGCAGGUACCUGUUAACUGCAUCUCGUUGAAUAAAUUUACUGGUCAUUUUGCAUCAGGAAGUGAUAAUGGAAAAAUAAAAAUAUGGGAUAUCAAAAGGUUUAGUGAACCACAGCAUAUAAUACAUGCACAUAAGGAACCCAUUAUCCGACUGAAUUUUUCUCCUAACGAUUCAUCUAUCCUGGCAUCUGCUAGCACGAGUCGUUUUAUCAAUAUAUAUAACUUAACAAAAAUUGGAGAAGAGCUCGAUGCCAUCGAUUUGUCAGAUGGUCCAUCUGAGUUAAUUUUUUCUCAUGGAGGACAUACACAACCUAUUACUGACUUCAAUUGGAAUCACCACAAGCAACUCAAAAUGUUUAUUGGCUCUACUGGCGAGGACAACACGCUGCAGUUUUGGCAACUCAAGACGGAGCUCCUGGACGAGGCCAACACCGUUCCGACGUCCAACACGGACGUGGAGUGA